CUCUUACCAUAUCCAACUCAAAAGCUUCCCAUCCCUCUCUAGAUCUUCUCCUAAGCCAUUUAUCUAUUUCAUCGUUAUCAAAACCAUGUCCCAAUCAAACACAAUUGCAAUUCUGGUGAUCUUAAUCAGCAGUGCCAUCUCCUUUGCAUUCGCUUCUGAUCCUGACACACUUCAAGACUUUUGUGUUGCUCUUCCCUCUUCUUCAAAAACAGGUGUGAAGGUGAAUGGAUUUGCGUGCAAAGAAUCAUCAAACGUGACAGAAUCUGAUUUCUUCUUCAACGGAUUAGCCAAGGCUGCAACAAUCAACAACACAGUAGGGUCAGUGGUGACAGCAGCCAAUGUGGAAAAGAUUCCAGGGCUCAACACAUUGGGUGUCUCUCUCUCAAGAAUUGACUACAAACCCAGUGGCCUAAACCCGCCGCACACGCACCCACGCGCCACCGAGGUCGUGUUUGUGUUGGAAGGAGAAUUGGAAGUUGGUUUUGUCACCACAUCCAACAAGCUCAUAUCAAAAACCAUAAAGGAAGGUGAAGUGUUUGUGUUCCCAAAAGGGUUGAUACACUUUCAGAAGAACAACAAUGGGGACAAGCCUGCUGCCGUUGUCUCCGCCUUCAACAGCCAACUCCCCGGCACGUUGUCCAUCGCCGCCGCUUUGUUUAGCGCAACGCCGGCUGUUCCUGACGAUGUUCUCGCUCUGGCAUUCAAGAUUGAUGCCCACCUGGCCUCCACCAAGUGA